AUGGAGGAGGACGCCGAGGCCGAGCCCCAAUCCUACGCGUGGGAGUCGGAGCUGCAGCGCACCUGGGACGCCGUCGAAGAGACGGCCGAUGGCAGCCUUCGCUCCGCCGCCGCUGGCUCCUGGCGGCCAGGCGAGAAGCCGAGCGUGCAGGUCGGCGUGCGGCGAGGCGUGAUGCGCGCCGUGCUGCUGGUGCUGGACUGCUCGCGUCACGCCGCCGAGCACGACGUCGAGAUGAAGCCCUCGCGCCUCUCCGUCAUGUGCGACGCCGCGAGCGACUUUGCCGGCCGCUUCUUUGAGCAGAACCCAGUCUCGACGCUCGCGGUGCUGGUCACGCGGAGAGAGAAGGCGGAGGCGCUCACGCAGCUGUCGUGCAACGUGCGGCAGCACCAGCAGGCGCUCCGGGCCCUCGCCGCCUGUGCUAUAGGUGACGCGUCGCUGCAGAACGCGCUCGAGCUCGCCCGCGACACGCUCUCCUCGGUCGCGUCCUUCGUCUCGCGCGAGGUCCCUCCUCUCGUCUGCUUACCCAGCUCUCGUGACGCAGGCGACCUGCUCGCCUCGCUCUCCUCGAUCGCCGCGUCGCGCGUCCGCUGCUCCGUCAUCUCCCUCCUCGCCGAGGUCUGCAUCUACAGGCGCAUCGCCCGCGAGACUGGCGGCGAGUACGGCGUCGCUCUCUCCCAGCCACACCUCCGCGAGCUGCUGCUGAGGCUGCUGCCGCCGCGGCCCGUCUGCCAGCUCGCGCCGACCAACUCGCUGGUCAAGGUUGGCUUCCCCAGCCGCGUGCCGCCGGGCGGCGCUCCGGCGCUCACCUACUCGGCGGGCUCCUCCAAGCCCGAGGUGAGGGCCGACGGAGGGUUUGCGUGCCCUCAGUGCGGCGUGCUGCACGCAGAGCUUCCCACCGAGUGCCCUGUCUGCGCCCUCAAGCUCCUCUCGGCGACGGACCUCUCAAAGACGUACCACCACCUCUUCCCGCUCCCGCUCUUCAAGCAGCAGCUCGGCCCGCCCGCCGCGCUCUGCUUCGGCUGCGGAGAGGCGCUGCCCGCCGCCGCGCGCAACGCCGCGCCGGCGACGCACGGCUUCACAUGCGGCGCGUGUGGCGCCGCGUUCUGCGAGCACUGCGACGCGCUGCUGCACGAGUCUCUCCACGCGUGCCCCUCUUGUGAAGGUCCUUAG